AGUUUUCAAUGCUUCCGUGCAUUCUGCAAGACGCUAAAGGCCCCUCAUCAACCUCUCCGGUGUCCGGGAACACCUCCAUGGUAAUAAUUUUUUUCGUUUAUUUGUCUUUUGGAGCCGAAGCGCCUUGCCAGGAGUGGUCGAUUCAGCGGUGUCCUGAAGGCUUUUGAUGCGGUUGUAGAAGGAUGACACCACAUUGAGAGCAUCAUCAAAACGCAAGCAUCAAACAUUCUUGUUUUAUACUUUAAUAUAAAAAAGAAACAAUAACAACGAUACCCUGAACUACUUCUACUACAGCGAACGGAUCGCUUUCCAACAAACUGCCGAAGCGCUGCACUUUGUUUAUGUUGUGCCAACACAGGAGAUAUUGAAGAAGGAAGCAAGACUUGCGGACGGUGUUUUACAUGUUCUGAUCACUCAAGAGUAAAGUCAUUCUCUUCCAGUCACCAAGGAAAAGGGGGAAAAAACAAACAGAACUAUUUUGACAUUUAAUUUAUCGUUACUCUUUUGGAAGGAUCUGGGUUUGCGUACAAACUGUUUUAAUGUUUGGGAUACAGGAGAACAUACCAAGAGGAGGGACGACAAUGAAAGAGGAACCACUGGGUGGUGGAAUGAACCCAGUCCGAUCGUGGAUGCACACAGCUGGGGUGGUGGACGCUAACACGGCCGCCCAGAGCGGCGUUGGUCUGGCUCGAGCACAUUAUGAAAAACAACCACCUUCCAAUCUCAGAAAAUCAAAUUUUUUCCACUUUGUUCUUGCUCUGUAUGACAGACAAGGACAGCCCGUCGAGAUCGAAAGGACAACUUUUGUGGACUUUGUGGAGAAGGAGAAAGAACCAAACACUGAAAAAACUAACAAUGGGAUUCAUUACAAACUACAAUUAUUAUACAGCAAUGGCGUCAGAACAGAACAGGAUCUUUACGUACGGCUAAUAGACUCCAUGACAAAACAGGCAAUUAUAUACGAAGGUCAAGACAAGAACCCAGAAAUGUGCAGAGUUCUACUCACACACGAAAUCAUGUGCAGCCGAUGUUGCGACAAGAAAAGCUGUGGCAACAGGAACGAGACUCCAUCAGACCCGGUCAUCAUCGACAGGUUCUUUCUGAAAUUCUUCCUCAAGUGCAAUCAGAACUGCCUGAAGAAUGCAGGGAACCCCAGAGACAUGCGCCGCUUCCAGCAGGUCGUUGUGUCGACGACCGCCAACGUGGACGGCCACGUCCUGGCGGUGUCGGACAACAUGUUCGUGCACAACAACUCCAAGCACGGCCGGCGGGCACGCCGGCUCGACCCAUCUGAAGGUACGCCUCCUUAUCUGGACAAUGCAGCUACACCGUGCAUAAAAGCCAUUAGCCCCAGCGAAGGAUGGACCACGGGCGGAGCAACCGUUAUCAUCAUCGGCGACAACUUCUUCGACGGCCUGCAAGUUGUCUUCGGCACUAUGCUGGUGUGGAGUGAGCUGAUAACCCCCCACGCCAUCCGGGUCCAGACCCCGCCCAGGCACAUCCCGGGCGUGGUGGAGGUCACCCUCUCCUACAAAUCCAAGCAGUUCUGCAAAGGGGCCCCGGGGAGAUUCGUCUACACCGCUCUGAAUGAGCCGACCAUCGACUACGGGUUCCAGAGAUUACAGAAGGUCAUCCCGAGGCAUCCAGGUGAUCCGGAGAGGUUACCAAAGGAGGUGCUGUUGAAGAGAGCCGCUGACCUGGUGGAAGCUCUGUACGGAAUGCCCCAUAACAAUCAGGAGAUCAUCCUGAAGAGGGCGGCCGAUAUCGCGGAGGCCCUGUACAGCGUGCCGCGCAAUCACAGCCAGAUACCGUCGCUCGCCAACACCGCGUCCCACGGCGGCAUGAUGGGAGUGGGAGUCAAUUCCUUCGGCAGCCAGCUAGCGGUCAACGUCUCGGAGACGUCGCAGGGCAACGAUCAGGUGGGGUACAGCCGGAACACAGGCAGCGUGUCCCCGCGGGGGUACAUCCCCAGCAGCACCCCCCAGCAGUCCAACUACAACACGGUGAGCAACAGCAUGAACGGGUACGGCAACGCCGCCAUGUCCAACCUGGGCGUGCCCAGCUCCCCGGGGUUCCUCAACGGCUCGUCGGCCAACUCCCCCUACGGCAUAGUGCCCUCCAGCCCUACUCUGGCGGCCUCCUCGCUCGCUCUCCCGCCAAACUGUAGCAGUGUCAGUGCGCACAGCGCGUUCCCCUUCUCACCUGCCAAUGUCGUCUCCGCAGUGAAACAGAAGAGCGCCUUCGCCCCCGUCGUCAGGCCCCAGGCCUCCCCGCCCCCCUCCUGCACCAGCGCCAACGGCAACGCCCUUCAAGCGAUGUCCGGGCUGGUGGUGCCUCCCAUGUAAUCUGCACUUUUCCUUCUCUCCAGCGUCGCUCUUCGCAAAAACAGGCUUCAGGGGACACAUUUAAAACCACAACAGAGGACGCCGGUGGAACCGACGUCAUCGCGAACAAAGACCGAGAAUAAAUUCUGUUAUUCAGAAGGAAGAAAAGAGACUUUGCUUCAAAGAUUUUAUUCGAAUUAUUAUGAAUCAACAUGCAAGAGAAUUCAUGGAGAACUCCAUUUUACUGAGUUUUUUUCCUGCAUAUUUUCACAUUUUCUUAGCCAGGAAGACAACAAAAGAAGAAGAAUAAAUGCCUAUUUUGUAUAAAGUUUCUGGUUACACCUCGACUGUGUACAGUUCUCACUACGUUUUGGGGGGGGGGGGGGGGAGG